AUGCGGCAUCCAUGUAUUGGUUUUCCGUUAUGUUUAAAAACGUUUGAUAAUGGUUAUGUUCUUCGUGCUCAUCUAGUCGGAUGUGAACGUGCACAAAAGAAAAUACAAAAAGAAAUGGCUGUUCGUGAGGUUGAAUAUUCAAUUAAAUUUGAUUAUAAUCUUAGUGGCAUUAAAACAAACAAAUAUUAUCCAGGAAAUGCUACAUUAGAUCAUUCAAAUAAAUUUCUUAUUAAAGAUAAAUAUCAAUUAACACCUCUUGUCGAUAAUCAAAAAAUACAAAAAAUAAAACGAAUACGACAAGCGCCUGAUCCAUCACUCUGUCAUACUCAAACUCAAUCGGUAUCAAUGGAUUUUAGUGGAUAUUAUACAUAA